AUGGAUAAUAUUUUUAUAAAGUCAGCUAUUAUAGAAGACUACUACAAUAUAGAGAAUUUUUUUUUACAUAUAGAUAAUGAAUUACACUUGACGGAUUUACCCUUGCCUUGUGAUUAUAAUUCAUAUGGACACUUUUAUUUGUCAAAUGAAGAGAUAAAUAAAAUUAUUUGUUCAGAACAGAAUAGAUUUGAGAAAUAUAAUUUAGAAAAUGAAGAAAAAAUUAGCAGUUAUAUUUAUGAAACUAGAUAUAGUAGAUAUAAUAAAUAUAACAUAAAAAUGGAUGAAUAUACAUUAAGAAGAAAUAAUGAUUUUAAAAAGAAAAAUGUAUAUGAUAAUACAAGUCAUCAUAACAUUAAUAGUAUAAUAAAUUAUAAAAAAAGUGAUGUAAAUAAAAAAUCAAACAGUAACAAAUAUUUUGAUGAUGAUAAUAAUAUUUUUAUAUUUAAUAUGUAUAAAAAAAAGAUGGAAGAAAAAAAAAAUAUAGAAAGAUAUAAUCCAAUUAAAGAUGAUAAUAUAUAUAGAAAUAUCCUUUUUGAACAUUCUCAGAAAAAUAUAAUGUUAAGAGAAAAGUAUAUGUCAAAAAAUGUGAUAGCAAUGAAUAAUCCAUAUGGUACCCAUUUUUUUACAUAUCCUUCUUAUAUUUUAAAUAAUAAUAAAAAGGAGAAAAGAAAAAUUCCUAAUAUGCCAUAUCGUAUAUUAUCUGCUCCUGAACUUAUAGAUGAUUUUUAUUUAAAUUUAUUAGAUUGGUCCAAAAAAAAUAUUAUCGCAACUGCAUUAAGUGAUAAAUUAUAUUUGUGGAAUAAUAAUACCUGUACAAGUCAGAAACUAUUUGUAGCAAACAAAAUGGAUAAAGAUAUAGAAAAAAACGAUAAGGGAGAAGAUAAAAGAAGAAAUAAAUAUAAGAAUAAAAAAAGAAAAAAUGAAAAAUCAAAUAAUGAUAAAAAUAAUGACAAAUGUGAAUUGAUUGAAACUAUAAAACCAUUAGAAAAAAUCAAACCCCAAAAAACCAUAAGUUCUUUAAAAUGGAAUAAUAUCAAUGGGAAUUUUUUGGCAACUGGUUUAUCAAACGGUGUUGUAGAAAUAUGGGAUGUCGAGAAAAGUGUAAGAAUAAGAAAAUAUAAAAAUCAUAAAUUAAGAGUUAAUACGUUAUGUUGGAAUCAUAAUAUAUUAACAUCUGGUGGUCGAGAUAAUAAAAUUAUAAAUAGUGAUAUUAGAAGUAAAGAAAUUUAUUAUAUUGAAUUAACAAAACAUAAAUCUGAAAUAUGUGGAUUAGAAUGGAAUACAGAUGGAACAUAUUUAGCAUCAGGAAGUAAUGAUAAUAGUAUAUAUAUAUGGGAUAAAUAUACAAAUAAAUAUCUAUUUCAUUUUCUAAAACAUAAAGCAGCAGUUAAAGCAAUCUCUUGGUGUCCAUAUAAAAAUCAUAUUUUAGCUAGUGGAGGAGGUUCAGUUGAUAAAAAAAUUUUCUUAUGGAAUAUAAAAAAUGGAAAAUCUAUAAAUGAAAUCUAUACAAAAUCUCAAGUAUCUAAUAUUAUCUGGUCAAUAAAUACUAGAGAAAUUAUAUCAACUCAUAGUAAUUCAUUAAAUCAAAUUAUCUUGUGGAAUCUACCACAACUUAAAAAAGUUACUACAUUAAAAGGUCAUAAAUUAAGAGUACUACAUGCAGCCUUAAGUCCUGAUGGUACUUCUAUAGCAACAGGUUCACCUGAUCAAACCAUAAGACUAUGGAAUAUUUUCCCAAAAUAUGGAGACAAAAACAUUUCUCUCUUUUUUCCCAUAUCAAAUUGUUACAACACGGUUAGAUAA